AUGGUGGCAACAGAUUACUUUACAAAAUGGGUGGAGGCAAUUCCAUUAAAGACUUAUGAGCAGUUAACAGUGAUUGAUUUUAUUAAGAAGCACAUUAUUCAUAGGUUUGGAAUUCCAAAAACUAUCACCACUAGUAGAGGCCUUUCCUUUAUUGGAAACCAAGUUCUUGAUUAUUGUGCUGAGUGUGGUGUCCAAGUGAUCAGUUCCACUCCAUAUUUUGUCCAAUCAAAUGGACAGGCUAAAGCUUCCAACAAAGUAACUCUCAACAUCCUUGAAAAGAUGAUUGAGAACCAUCCAAGGGAGUGGCAUCACCUACUUUCUGAGGCUCUUUGGGCUUACAAAAAUUCAAAAAGAUCAAGUAUUGGUGUCACACUAUAUAUGCUUACAUAUGGACAUAAUGUCGUUCUUCCAAUAGAAAUGACCAUUAGGUCUGCAAGGGUGGCUUUCCAAAAUAGGCUCACUCUAGCAAAUUAUAACCAUGCCAUGUUGGUGGAAUUGGAAAACCUUGAUGAAGUUCAUCUUAAUGCCUUAGACCAUAUUAUUACUCAAAAGAAGAAAGUCAUGCGGGCAUACAAUAAGAAGGUUAAGACAAAUACAUUUGUUGAAGGAAACCUAGUAUGGCAAGUCAGAUUUCCACCAGGAGUCAAAGACAAAGGGUAUGGAAAGUGGACCCCUAACUGGAAUGGUCCUUACUUGGUGGAACGAAUCCUUGGAAAAGGUGCUUAUAGAUUAAUGGACAUAGAUGGAGGAUCCCACAAGCAUCCUAUGAAUGGGGUAUAUUGGAAGAGUAUCACCCUUCCAUCUAUGAAAACUGGAAAUCCGGAAUAA